AUGGGCCGCAGACUCGGGCUGCUCCGGGCCAUCUACCUGGUGUCCGCCAGUUGCAUGGGCUCCUUUGCCUUUGCCUUUGACACUGGCGUGAUUAGCGGCGUCCUCACCCUCGACUCCUUCAAACGCGACUUUGGAUACUCGGACGCCCAACAAACCACCGUCAACUCCAAUGCCGUCUCCAUCCUGCAAGCCGGCGCCUUCUUCGGCUGCUUCUUCACCAUGCCCAUCGCCUCUCGCUUCGGUCGCCGCAUGGGCCUGAUCAUCAGCUCGCUCGUCUUCACCGUCGGCACCAUCCUCCAGGUCAUCAACUCAGGCACCCUGGCCACCUUCUACGUCGGGCGGGUCGUCGCCGGCCUGGGCAUCGGCGCCGCAACGGUGCUGAUCCCCAUGUACGCCGCCGAGAUGUCGCCCAAGGAGUUCCGCGGGCGCCUCGGCGCCUGCUUCCAGCUGUUCUUCGCGCUGGGCGUCAUGGUCGCCUACUGGACGACGUUUGGUGUGUCCGAGACGCAACCCGACGCCACGAGGCAGUGGCAGAUCCCGCUGGGGCUGCAGCUGCUGCCGUCAACGCUGCUGCUGGUCGGCAUGUGCACGGUGAAAGAGAGCGCGCGCUGGCUCGCCGCCAAAGGGAAGAAGGACAAGGCCUGGGAGUCGCUGCGGUGGGUGCGCGGCGGCGACGACAGCCCCGAGCUGCAGGCCGAGUUCGACGAGAUCCUCGCCGGCAUCGAGGAGGAAGCCCGUGUCAAGGACAGCUUCACCUGGCGCGAGCUGCUCAUCCCCGUCAACCGCUACCGCAUCUUCAUCGCCAUCACCAUCCAGCUGGCCGCCCAGCUGACCGGCAACACAUCGCUGGCGUACUACGCCACCCAGAUCUUCGAGUCGGUCGGCGCCGGGUCUGAGGCUAAGCUUGUGACGGGGUUUUUUGGCCUGGUCAAGGUCGUCGGCGUGUGCGUUUUUCAGCUGUUCGUCAUGGACCGCAUCGGUCGCCGCGUGCCGUUCAUGGCGGGUGCGGCCGCCAUGGGCUCGUUUAUGCUCAUCAUCGCCUGCGUCAUGGCCACCCAUCCCGUCACCCAGGGCGGGGCGUCCGCUCACGGAACGUCAUCGGCGGGCAUCGCCAUGAUCCUCAUGGUCUACUGCGAGGCGUUCUGCUUCAACAUGUCGUGGGGUCCGCUGCCGUGGCUGUAUGUGGGCGAGAUCUUCUCGAGUCGCACGCGAGAGGUUGGUGUUGCGACGGGCGCGGCGUCGCAGUGGAUCUUCAAUUUUAUGAUGUCUCAGGUGACGCCGCAUGCAAUCAAGAGCAUCGGAUGGCGGAUGUUCCUGAUGUUUGCGAUUUUCAACUAUGCGGUGGUGGUGUAUUCGUGGUUCUUCCUGAAAGAGACUUCCAAGCACUCGCUGGAAGAGAUGCAGGCGGUCUUUGGCGGCGACGAAAGCCAUCACAAGGAGGUCGAGGCCGAAACGGGGAAGAUGGCCGAGGUUGAAAACGCCGCGGAGCGUGCUCGCUAA